AUUUAAUCCACGGUGGAAUAAAGCAUAAACUGUAUCCUUAAAUUGAAAAAUAGAAUUCCUAAAUCAUGUAAAAUAUGGCAGGUAUUAGUUAGAUAAUUGUUAUGAGCACAAUUUGAAUGUCAUUUAGCGGGAUAUAACUUUAUUUUAUGAGCCACAGUUACCUGUUGUGAUCAGGGAUAAAACUAAUAUUACAUAUCGUUAGAAAAGGCAUGUAUAAGCGAACUGUGUAUGGAGUAAAACACACGUGUUUAAAGAAAAAAAAGCGAAUAAAUUGACCAACAUAAACGGAAGUGUCGCACAUAUGCAUUUAACGUUAGCCACAUCCUGAAUAUGUGAAAUAUCACUACAGAAUACUGUCAAGAUCGCUAGUUCAUGUUUCCAAGAUACAUAUAUCGAUUAUAUCUGUUUUUAAAUGCUUGUCAUGUUAUAGGAGGAACACAAAAUCGUAAUUUCUUGUUUCUCCCGGGAGCAGUCCUAGCUGCACUCAUGAACCUCCGCAACAACGCUGAAUAAAGGACUAAACAGCCGUGUUUGAUACGAUAAUAGUAAUUAAUCAUCAGCCCACAUCCUGCUGAAUUGUUUUAUCGGUUUGAAUUAGCCCAGAUGCCUCUAUAUUGUAGUUAUUUCAUGGUUGCACCCUGCACACGGACCUUGGGAGAUGUGCUCAGGAACAACAGCUCCAGAGUGUUCAGGCGAUGCUGGAGAAAGCUGUGGCAUCCAGUUAAGCUCUAUACAGGCUCAGUGACUUUAAGCCCUGAUUCUGAGUUCAGAAAUUCAGAGAUGUCAACCCAAAGUGGGAAACCCUUUCACACGCCGGUCAUGGUUAAGGAAGUGUUAAAGUUUCUGGACAUCAAACCAGGGCAGGUGGUCCUGGACUUGACCUUUGGGGCCGGAGGUCACUCGAAAGCCAUCCUGCAGUCGGUUCCCAGUGUAACGGUGGUGGCAGCAGAUCGUGACCCCACAGCUUUCCAAAUUGCUCAGCGUUUAGCUGAAGAAUACACGCUUUGGACCUUGACUGUCUGUGGGACUGUCUGCAUUUUUCCCCUGCACAUUUUCAUCUCUGCUCCCCUGCUGAAUGCAGUCGAUCAACAUCUUAUCUUGGACCUCAAUGACGUGGAUACAGGAGUCAGGCAGCUCGGUGCUGGGGAAUAUUUCAGGCUUGAUUUGUUUUGGGGCCAGGUGAAGCCAGUACUAGGGAGGUUCAGUGAGCUGAAUAACCUGCUCCCAGCACUGGGUUUGGGUCCAGGAGGUGUGGAUGCUGCCCUUCUGGAUGCUGGAUGCUCCUCCAUGCAGAUGGAUUCAGCAGAAAGAGGCUUCUCCCUCAGCAAGGAUGGGCCGCUGGACAUGAGGAUGGAUGGAGACAGGUACCCCGACAUGCCCUGCGCGGCUGACGUGGUCAACGCCUUGGAUCAACAGGCGCUUGCGUCCGUGCUGGCUGUGUACGGGGAGGAGCGGCACACCAGGAAAAUUGCGGCGGCCAUUGCACAGGCACGCAGCAUCUACCCCAUCGGCCGGACCCUGCAACUGGCCAGCAUCGUAGCAGGAGCGUUUCCAGUGAGCGCGCUGUACGCCCGGCGUGACCGCCUGCAGCGCCCUUCACACGUUGCCACCAAAACCUUCCAGGCCUUACGGAUAUUCGUGAAUGAUGAGCUCAAAGAGUUGCACGCCGGCCUGCGUGUGGCGCAGACCCUGCUCCGUCCCAAAGGGCGACUCUGUGUUCUCACUUUCCACUCCUUGGAGGACCGGCUGACCAAGCGUUUCCUCCGUGGAGAGGACCUGGCCGCUCCACCGCGCCGCAGCCUUCGCCAGCGAGCCAAAGCCCGGCUUGAGUUAGAGGGAGAGGAGCAUGAGGAGGAAGAAGAGAAUGAAGAAGAGGAGAAAGGACGAGAGAGCAAAUAUUGGGUCAGUCUGAAGAAGGUGAUAAAGCCAAGUGAGGAAGAGGUGAAGGAGAACCCAAGAGCUCGAUCAGCUAAACUCAGAACAGCAGUAAGACGAUAGUGAACCGAUGCUUUUUACUAGAUCACUAAAGAAAGAAAGUACAAAGCUGUCACUGGGGAUGUAGUCUAAGGUACAAAAGCUAAAAUGUAGAUCUUUGCACCUUAUUUACCCCUAAAUCGUUAAUAUUAUUAUUUUAAAGGUACAUAUUAUUUCCUAAAGUGUACCUAUUAAUGUCUUUUGAAAGGGUACCGGCCCAGCGGCAGUUUUUGCUUUUUUUUUGGGCGUGUACACGUGUAGUUUUAUUCACAUCAGUGUGUUUCAGGCGAAAUAAAGGAUAUAACUCCAGAA